AUGCAAAAUUGGUUGAAAGGGGAUGAAAUUUCAAGCUUAGAAGAUACACCUUCGAUUGAAGAAUUUGAAUUUUAUGAAACCAUUGAAUCAGACAGGAUCUGGACCCCCAAAGCGACCACAGCUCCGACUAUCUCCCUCACCACCCCCACCAUCCCUCCCACCCUCUCCAACCCCAACAACAACCUCAGCCUCAGCCCCGCCGACCUCGUGGCUUCGCCGCCACAGCUGCCGGGUCCGUGGGCCCCACUAGUCCCUCCACCCCCCACCACCAAUAAGGGCAAGAGGGAGAGGGAGAGGGAGAAGGAGCGCACGAAGCUUCGAGAACGGCUCCGUCGAUCCAUCACGAGCCGGAUGCUCGCUGGCCUCCGUCAGUACGGCAACUUUCCGCUGCCUGCGCGUGCAGAUAUGAACGAUGUCCUCGCAGCCCUCGCACGUGAGGCCGGCUGGGUUGUCGAGGCCGACGGCAACACUUACCGCCAAUCUCCCCCUCCCUCUCAAAUUGCAAUGGGCAUGAGGUCGGUAGAGAGUCCAGUUUCAUCAGGUGUUAGAGCAACAAAAUCACUGGAGUGUCAUCCUCCUCACAACCCAUCAUCAGUUGUGAGAAUUGAUGAGAGCUUGUCACCAGCAUCUCUUGAUUCUGUUGUGAUUGCAGAGAGAGACACCACCAAGAAUGAGAAAUUUUCUAGUGGUGGAAGCCCCAUCAACUCUGUUGAGGCUGAUCAGCUCAUGCAAGAACUUCCCAUCAGACCUGGUAACCAUGGCAUUGGCACCACUGCUUUUUCUACACCCGAUCCCUAUGUUCCUCUCUAUGUAACACUUGCAACUGGGUUCAUCAACAAUUACUGCCAGCUGGUUGAUCCUGAAGGCUUAAGACAGGAGCUAACUCAUAUGCAAUCUUUAAGUGUAGACGGUGUUGUCGUGGAUUGUUGGUGGGGUAUUGUUGAAGGCUGGAGCCCCCAGAAAUAUGUUUGGUCUGGUUAUAGAGGUCUUUUUAACAUUCUCCGGGAGUUCAAGUUCAAAUUGCAGGUUGUAAUGGCAUUUCAUGAAUAUGGAAGAAGUGAGUCUGGUGAAGCCCUGAUCCCUCUUCCACAGUGGAUCUUAGAGAUUGGUAAGGAAAACCAGGACAUAUUCUUUACAGAUCGAGAAGGAAGGAGGAACACUGAAUGUCUAUCUUGGGGCAUUGAUAAAGAAAGAGUUUUACAUGGAAGAACUGGUGUCGAGGUCUAUUUUGAUUUUAUGAGAAGUUUUCGCACUGAAUUUGACGACUUGUUUGCUGAGGGUCUUAUUUCUGCUGUGGAGAUUGGGCUUGGAUCAUCUGGGGAGCUUAAGUAUCCUUCCUUUUCAGGAAGGAUGGGAUGGAGGUAUCCUGGUGUCGGUGAGUUUCAGUGUUAUGAUAGAUAUUUACAACAAAGUCUGCGGCGAGCGGCUAAAUUGCGUGGGCACUCAUUCUGGGCCAGGGGACCUGAUAAUGCUGGUGAAUAUAAUUCUCGGCCGCAUGAAACUGGCUUCUUUUGUGAGCGCGGUGAUUAUGAUAGUUAUUACGGGCGCUUUUUCCUUCAUUGGUAUGCACAGUCACUAAUUGACCAUGCGGAUAAUGUACUGUCUCUUGCAAGCCUUGCCUUUGAUGAAACCAAAAUAAUUGUCAAGGUUCCUGCAGUCUAUUGGUGGUAUAAGACUUCCAGCCAUGCAGCAGAGCUAACUUCUGGGUACUAUAACCCAACAAACCAGAAUGGGUACUCUCCAGUUUUUGAAGUUCUGAAGAAACAUUCAGUGACAGUGAAGUUUGUUUGCUCAGGACUGCAUAUAUCGAGUCAGGAUAAUGAUGAAGCACUGGCUGAUCCAGAAGGUUUGAGUUGGCAGGUUUUAAAUUUAGCCUGGGAUCAAGGAUUGCUUGUAGCUGGUGAAAAUGCACUUUCAUGUUAUGAUAGAGAAGGAUGCAUGAGAAUAGUUGAGAUGGUCAAGCCAAGGAAUGAUCCUGAUCACCGCCACUUUUCAUUUUUUGUAUACCAGCAGCCAGCUCCUCUAGUUCAAGGGGCAAUUUGCUUUUCAGAGUUGGAUUUUUUCAUUAAGUGCAUGCAUGGAGUUAAUAGAUGGCUGGAUGCUAUUACCACUACAAGAUUGUGGUCUCCGUAG